AGGUCGCCCGUCCUUGCGUGCCUUGUCUGAAGCCAUGUGACAAGUUCGACUGUGACCCGGACUGUUCGAGCAUGGACACUUCAGCCUUCCAUGUCAGGAUAGACAACCUGACACUCAGUCCUAAUGUCAGCUUCAAGCAGCUGGAUGAUAUAAACGUUACAGACGGUGCUGCGGUCUACUACAUCACAGUGAAAGCCGUGUCAGGAUCAGGUCGUGUGGUUAUGUCGUCCUCUAAUGGCGUGAACAUAGACGUGACACCCCCGGACAUACAGAAGAUUUACCAUGUGGACAUGUCGUGGGAUGAUGAGGAGAUAAGCGACUUCCAAGGAAGCAACAGUACCAUCGCUGUUAGGUACAGGGCUUUCGAUAGAGAAAGCCAGGUGGUGGAGUACUUUUGGGCAAUAGGAACGUCUCCAGGGGGAACAGACGUACAGCCUUUUAGGUCAAAUGGACUAAAGGUCCUAGCAGUGAACUCUGACCUUGAAGGACACCUACUUCACGGAUCCACAUAUUACGUCACUCUAAGGGCUGUGAACGGGGCAGGAUUACAAUCUACAGUAAUGACAUCAGGUGUAACAGUCCUCUUUGGAAAUCCAGACGUUGCUCACACAAACACGACGGUUCCGUUUGGCGAGGAAGUUCCCCUACCAGAAGAUGUGCAUAUUGAUGACACGGUCAUGAUCACUGACCUCAGCUAUGCAGGAUUGUCCUGGGGAACUCCACGGGAAGAGGAAGGCAUCACAGCAACCUUUUUCAGUUUGAGCAGUGACGCUAAUGGAAUGAAUGACGUCCUUCCACUGACCCGGGUCGGAGGCGGUGGUUCUGGGUCCGUGAUCAUUGUAAAUGGAACCAUUCAAACACAUGGGAAGGUUUCUAACGUUUCUGACUUGCAACGGGAUAGUCCAGAGGAAGAGGCAGAUUCAAGUGACUUCCACAUGGAGCCUGGGAGAACGCUGUUCCCUACUCUCCGUGUGUGUAACGGUGCCCACCAGUGCACAGAUGUCAAAGCCAAAAAAAUCAUCUACAUCCGACCGUCUGAUCAAGCUGGAACCUCCCGUCAUGGCGAAAGUGCAAAAAUCAUGCUGAACAUGCCAACAUCUGAAACCAUCGCCAUAAGGACAAAAGAAGGAGUGAAAAAUGGAACUACCUUGGUGGCAGGCCUAUUGACAAAAAGAGACGUUUCCGCUGAAUAUACUUCCGAUGCGUCUGUCAACUUCAGGUCCUUUGUUGCUAAUACCGAUUUUACGUCAACCUUUACGGAACGCUGGCUAAAUAACAGAAUAAAACAUUGGCUAGGCGUGAAUUUCUUCGUGACGACAUUGGGGAAUGUGGAGGUACCAGGUCCCAUUAACAUCACCCUGCCUAUCAACACGACACUGAUAGAACUAGGACUGGAACCAAGACUUCUCUAUUGGAACUCUGAAAUGCAAGAGUGGCAGGAUGCGCAGAGGGCCUGUGGCAUAGGAGAGAUGGUACAGACUGUUGUUGAUUGGCCAAACAGAUGCGCACAUUUUCAGGUGUGCACCACAAAUGUUCACAACAUCGAAAUGGACUCUCCUGUAGCCCGACAGCACAAAAGUGUAGAAGACUCUAAACAAAUCUUCCAAGGACCGUCCCAUUUUACACUCGCUGCUGUAGAGAAGAGCUCCUUCAACUCCCGACCUGUCAUCGUAUCUCACAGUCGCGUGGAAGCGCAGGAAGAUGAAGAAAAGGACAUUUGGAUCAGAUAUUUUGACCUGGAUGGGGAUCGCCUGUCCUUCUCCAUCUCCGUUCCACCUUUGUUUGGAAACGCCCGACUUGAAGAGAAUGAGGAAUACGCAGUUGUGUACUACACCCCCUGUCUUGACUGUUACGGCACAGACAAGAUAAACAUCUCGGCUGUAGAGAUGUUACCAGACAACCCGCACAGCAUCAACAUACAGCUGGUGGUGGAGGUGGAGCCGCGCAAUGACGACCCGGUCCUGUUUGUCCUUGUUGAGGAUAACCCCGCCUUGAUAGUACCGACCAAAAGGUUAGACCUGACGGUUGAGGCUAACCGCAUGUCUAAUCUGCACUACCGGGACCUGCAGGUCAUCGUGGGAGCGUACGAUGUCGAACCCGCUGACCUGCUAGUUCUGGACUUUAGUGUAGAAAGUAAUGGUACCAUGUCAACAUCGCAACAGGAACGGCGGGCAGACUUCGUAAGUCUCAAUAUCUGCAGCACCAACAGCACGUGGUUUACGGUUAUCCAAGAACGCGGCACAAACGGUACAUCAGGACCUCUUCAACUGGAUCCAUGUGACAUCCAGGCGCCCCAUGCUUUACAAGACAUGGCUUGGGUAUUCACUACACUCACGUGUAGGCCACAUGAAAACUUCACAGGCAAGGAUGUAAUCAAGAUCAACGCCAAGGAUCAACAUGGUGGCCUGUCCCGUGUCGUGACCCUUGACCUUUACGUUUUGGAGAACCUCUGUGAACACGGGGGACAGUGCGUUGGUGACGUCACAGAUCCAGACUGCACAUCGAAGGACAGGACCAAGGGGUUUGAAAGGUACUGGUGUAACUGUACGAGCGCACCCGGAUGGACAGGCAGACUGUGUGAAAUUGACUAUGACGAAUGCCUUUCAGCGCCGUGCCCUAGCAACUACACAUGUGUUGACAAGGUGAACGGUUACGUCUGUGAGUGCGGAAAUCCCAGCUGGCCUUGCGCGGGGAAGUUGACAGCCUGGCAGAUCUGCCUGAUCGUGCUGGCCGCUGUUUUCCUGCUGCUCCUGACUAUAGUCGUAUGGAGGAAGUGGAAGAUCUCAAACAGCCCCAAGAAGGUAGGCUCUAUAUUCUUCAGGACGUCAAGGGUAUCGCCGGACGCAACAAUGAUUAAAGUGAAACCAAUCAAUGGUGUCCGUGACGAUGACGUCAAGGGUCUGAAGCUGCCUGAACCACAUCGUGCCACCGGAAGGGAGAGAGAUGGGGCCUCCCCGGGAAAGGUACGCCGUGCUUGGGGAGAUGACAACACUUCGGCCAGUAAAGCUGCCGCCUUGUUCAACUGGACGUGGAGCCCAACUCGCAGUGCCGAGACUCGCAACCGUCCCAAAGACCUACAGGACGGGGCUGUCACUGAGAUGAUGCCGCUGCCAGGGAUGCCUCUGAAGACGACUGACCUCUGAACCUGAGAAACGACAUUGUAACUUGGCAUAGACAUUUGCUUCAGCCUAGAGUGAAACUGUAGAAAGGUUGCAAAGCUUUUUUUGUGUCUUUUCAUGUGAAUUCCUCAAAGUAGACAAUUCCAUUUUAUAGUGGUGAACUAUGUACGGUUAAAUCGUUACAUGAAAUCUAUCAAAGGUAAAUGGAAAAAAGUACAUAGAAACAAAACCAAAUUAAGCACACAUCAUGUUGGAAUAUUUCCAUAAUGAAUUUAGGCCCAUUGCUAAGUGUGGUUUAAUAUCUCUGAAUUCUUAAAGAUGACGAGCAGUUCCAUAGCUAUUCCAAUUUAAUCAUUGUAUGUAUUGAUCAUUAUAAUUAUCUUUACUUACAACAGACUUAAUUUUAUGGGUAAAUUUCACUUACGUUGAUUUUUGGUCUGGUGUUUAAAAUGUCCACAUGUGACCGAAUGGAUCCCUCCAUAGAUGUCCUGUCCCCUCUUUCAAAAAGAACGACAGGAAAAAUAUCAUCGUCAUGGCGACGAUUAUCUUUUACAGGACCUGGCUUACUUGAGCUGACCAUAAGACAAACUAAGCCUAGGAAAGAUUGGACUGGAUGUUUACAUUUGUUAUUUAGCACCAUGUUUUUGCUGGAUGUUUUUCGGCCUGUCGCAUUUUGGGUCUCCAGAGGAUGUGAUUCAUAAAAUUAAGUGUGUCUGGCCUAAUCAUAGUAACUAUUCUUAACUUAACCUUCUGUCGUUCUAUAUAGCUGUGUGUUUUCAGCUUUGCCAGCAAAUCAAAAAUGCUAU